GAACACCGUACGGUGAGAACGCGUUUAGUGGUGGGAGCGCCGCGGAAUCAUUUGUGGUCCACAAGGAGGAUUAUUGGGAUUUGUAUUUUUUUACUGCUGACCAGUUAUUGUUUGGAAACGCGUAGUGCUACAGUUUGGUUCUUGACGGAAAAUCGCGUUAGAGCUCGUACCCGGAUACAUUUACUGCAAAACCAAAUUACCUGCAGGCAAUCAUCAGUCCAUGUCGCAGAAUUCGAGCUGAAUGUGUCUUUUUCUUCUGUGUUCUCUUUCCAUGAGUGAAUGAAGACGGUAGUAACAAAGGCUGUUGCAACGCUUCUGCUGCGAGAAAUCGAAUAAUUGCAUCGCAAGUUGGAAGAGGCUCGCACUGAAAAAUCUGAACGAAAGCGAAACGAAGAAAACAGAAAAAGGGCAUUUGUGUGUGGUGCAUUUUGAUUCUCAUCUGUUUUUUCGUGCUUCAAUUUUCGCUGGUAAUCUCUGGUGUUUUUUACAUUCUCUGUUUUCCAAGACCCGUAUGUGUGAGUGCGAGGCUUCCAUCGGUUGUCAGUUCUGUUCACUCACACCGAGCCGCUUGUUUUCAUAUCGUGUGUACCAAGUGUCAACGAGCUGCAAUCGUGUUGGUGAGUUUCUGCUGCAGCAAGGGGGCGAAACGGUUGAAAAAUUGGCUAAAUCCCAUCCCGUCUCGUUUUGGGUAGAAGGAAAAUGUCCUCUUGUUUUGGAAAGUGAUACUACAGUGUUGUGGAAGGAAUCAGUGUUUUAUGGUAAAUGGUGAAUUACCAGAUGGAGAGAAUCUUACUUCCGGUCUGGUUGCGCUAUUAUAUGUUCUGCGUUUAUUUUGUGUGAGUGUACCAGAUACGGCCGGAACAGGAAUCGCAAUUUAGCUCGACGGAAGCAAACAAACGCAGCUCCCCAUCGGCCGCAAAACAAAAACACCUUCACUCUGGAAGUGGAUCCCGCUGGAAGUGAGGUGAAGUUGGAAUCGAAAGGAUAUAACAAUAUUUCCAUUCGCCAAGCCGCGUAGCUCCGGUUCUAAGCCAGGAGCUCGAGCAAAACUCGGAACCAUAGAAUCAUUGGAGGAAAAAAACGUCGUCGUCAUUACGGAGACCAACGGAACGGCGAACGUCGUCGACAGUAUGGUGAAACGCACUGACGGCACAGAGUCUCCGAUAAUAACGGAGACCGAUGCUGACACAGAUAAACCUCGCGUGAAAUAUGGUGAAUUAGUGAUAUUAGGUUAUAAUGGUUUUCUACCACAGGGCGAUCGUGGGCGACGUCGGUCCAAAUUUGUGCUGUACAAACGCGGCGAGUCGAACGGCGUCAAACGGUCCAAACACUACAUCGUACAAUCACCUCAAACAUCACAGGCAAUACUCGACGCGAAGCAGCACUCGAUAUCGUACACGCUGUCGCGAAAUCAGGCCGUCAUUGUGGAGUACAAGGAAGAUCCCGACACGGACAUGUUUCAGGUUGGCCGUUCAUCAGAAUCACCGAUAGAUUUCGUCGUGAUGGACACCCUGCCCGGCGACAAAAAAGACGCAAAAGUUCUACAGAGCACCAUAUCGAGAUUCGCUUGCCGAAUUCUGGUGGACCGAAUCGAUGGACACAAGGCGAGAAUCUACGCAGCAGGAUUUGACUCGAGCAGAAACAUUUUCCUAGGGGAAAAGGCAACCAAAUGGCAGGAUAACGUGGAAAUCGACGGUCUCACAACGAACGGCGUGCUGAUUAUGCACCCGAAAGGUCAGUUUUGCGGUGGUUCCGCCGAGUGUGGUUUAUGGCGUGAAACAUCAGUCGGCGGUGAUGUGUUCAGUCUGCGGGAAUGUCGAUCCGCACAACAAAAAGGACAGCCAGUUUACGAGGAGACCAAUGCGCUGCAGGAUGGAACACUAAUUGAUUUGUGCGGUGCGACGCUACUUUGGCGGUCGGCUGAAGGGUUGCGACACUCGCCGACAAAGAAAGAUCUAGAGAAAUUGGUAGACGAAAUCAACGCUGGACGCCCACAGUGUCCGGUUGGCCUAAAUACUUUAGUUAUUCCUAGAAAAGUGUCAUUGGGUGAACACGUCAAUCAGCCUUAUGUGUAUUUAAAUUGUGGCCAUGUACAAGGCCAGCACGGUUGGGGACAGGAUAAGGCCUCAAACGCGCGUCGGUGUCCGAUGUGCUUGGAGCUUGGCCCCGUGGUGACGCUCUGUAUGGGUGUGGAAAACGCAUUUUACGUUGACUCCGGACCGCCAACCUACUGCUUCAAUCCCUGCGGUCAUAUGGCCACGGAAAAAACUGUCAAAUACUGGGCCAACGUUGACAUACCUCAUGGCACGAACGGUUUCCAAGCGGUAUGCCCAUUCUGCGCCACGCCUCUGCAAGGAUCUCCGGGGUACAUAAAACUUAUUUUCCAGGAUAAUCUAGAUUAACUUGUGUUCCGUUCCACGAUAUAAUGUUCCCCAAAAGUAUCCAAAUUUCCCCCGAUUUCCCUAGAUCCAUACCCCAAAUCCCUCUACUAAAAUCGAAGUUAAGCAAAAAAAAUCAACUGAUUCGCAUAUAGUUUAUAGUAUGUAAUUGUUAGAAUAUUUUAACCUAAUUAUUUUUUAAAUUAAUUAUUGCGACACGCGAACAAACAAAAAAAAAGAUGCAACAAUUAUUAUUUUAUUGCUAUGCCUCCGUCGCAGACACGAAAAAAAAACUAGGAUGAACAACUCGAGAAGAUAAAUGAAAGUAAAAUCAGGAGGUUAGCAGAGACUGUAGAAAUCGAAAAUGAAUAUUGCUGCUAUAUCAGUCCGUAAUAUGUUAUUAUAUAUUUGUGAAGAGGAGAAAACAUAUUCAGAAUUUCAAGCAAGUAUAAUGAAAAACAAACGAACAUCAGUUUCUCCCUUGCGCUUUAAGUUCACGAUAAAGCAAUGCCAUCAGCCAUCAAUUGAUUGACUGGUUGGGAGUCAUGUGGGUCUUGAGUAGUGUUCACGUUAUGUAAUUGUGAAAGUAAGUCGCAUUUUACUAAGGUUAUGUUGAAUGAUUUUUUCUCUAUCAUCAAAUAGUUUGGUAAACUGAAGUUUAGGCGAUUGUCGUUCGAUUUCAUCUGUUUUUAGAAUGAGGAUUGAGUAGGGUGCAGAUUGCGACUUGAACUCUUGUCCGAGCUUGAAAUUACAAAUCGGGUGUUUGGAAUUAUUCAGGGUUUUCGAUUGUUUCAAGAAAUUCUCCGCGAAUUAGUUUGUUUUAUUGGGAAUAAAAAGUUUAGGAUGAAAAUUACAUUUCGAGAAUAUUUCUUUGUUGAACUCUAAUGAAUGUAGUAGAUCAAUUGGAAGAAACUAUAUGGAGGGGAUUCAAUGAUGAUUUCACUGCAACGGUCGUCGCAAUCUGGAGAAGUAGGGUGUAGGUCAAAAGUCUAUGUUUAAAUGCGCAUAUUCUUAUUUAAAUUUAUAUUGUGUAUAAAGUAUAUUAAGUAUAUGAAAUUUAGCAAAAAGCGUGUGUGUGAUGUACGAAAAAUA